UUUCCGGCGGCGGCAGCAAGCGAAGAGUUGCUGCCAGCUUCAUGUUGCCCGCCGGCAGCGUGCGCCGGCUGGCGGCCGAGCUGUGGGACGCCCUGGAUUCCUGCGCUGAGCAACAGCGGCAGCUGGAGCGGAGCCUGCGAGUCUCCCGGCGGCUGCUGCGUGCCUGGGAACCAGCCGAGACCCCGGCUUCGGAACCAACCCCAGGACCAGGAGCUAAUGAAGAGGCCCCUUCUGCAGCAUGCACACCCAGCCCCCAAGACCUCAAGGAGCUGGAGCUUCUGACCCAGGCACUGGAGAAGGCUGUACGGGUGCGAAAAGGCAUCUCAAAGGCUGGCGAAGGAGACAAGGCCCCCAUCCUGAAGCCUGGGUCCAUUGCUACUUCCCCUGCCACCAGAGCUUCUGCCCGACUCAGCACCUCACGUGGGGCUGGCAGCCAUGCAGCUGAGACAAAGCCCCCCAGGGGCAUGCGCUAUACCAGGGUGCCUGCAAAGGAUCUCCCCCAGCGCAGGCUUCUGUCAGUGGGGGAUGGGGCCUGUAUGGGGAAAGGGGCCACCAAGCCUGAACCAGGCCUCAGGGACCAACAAAUAGUCCCAUCGGCUGCUUCUCGGGCCCCAGAAGCUUUUACACUCAAGGAUAAGGGGAUCCUGCUGCAGCUGCCCGAGGUAUUCAGGAAAGCAGCUUCCCGAAAUUCCUGCCUGUGGGCCCAGCUCAGCUCUACACAGACCAGUGAUUCUGUGGAUGCUGCUACCACCGCCAAAACCCAGUUCCUCCAGAAAAUGCAGACAACCGUAUCCUUGAGGGGCUUGGGGGGCUGGAGGACAGAGGUUCUGGCUCUAAACCUGGUGAGUUUGAGGAGGAGCAACUCCAGGGAGAGCCACUGCAGGACCCAGCCCUUGGGGAAAGCGGAGGGGCCUGGCUACAGGGGAAUUUCCCUGACCUGCAUGCAGUCAGGCUGGCCCGGCUCCAGGCUCAGCGUCGCCGAGGUGGAGGUGGAGGUGGGGCGCCUGCAGAAGGCCUGCUCGCUGCUAAGACUUCGAAUGGGGGAAGAGCUCACGGCAGACCCCAAGGACUGGAUGCAGGAGUACCGCUGCCUGCUUACCCUGGAGGGCCUGCAGGCCAUCGUGGGGCAGUAUCUCCACAGGCUGCAGGAUCUGCGCACAGCAGUGGUGGAACAGCAGCUGGGGCCAUGGCCUGAGGGGAGACUCCCCAGGGCCUCCUCGCCCUGUGCAGGAGGAGCAGACCCCAUUUGGAGCCCCCAGUUGCUUCUCUACUCCAGUACCCAGGAGCUGAAAACCCUGGCAGCCCUCAGGCUGCGGGUGGCCAUGCUGCACCAGCAGAUCCACCUGGAAAAGGUCCUGAUGGGCGAACUCCUCCCCCUGGUGAGCAAGCAGGAGCCGCUGGGGCCACCCUGGCUAGCACUGUGCCGGGCUGUGUACAGCCUGCUCUGCGAGGGAGGUCAGCGCUUCCUCACCAUCCUUCGGGAAGAAGAGCCUGCUAACUGAGCCCUUCCCGCAGCCAGGCGGCCAGGCCCACCCCUAGUCCCCCAGAACCCUGUGGCAAAGGCAGGCUGGCUCUGCGCCCCCAGCCUGAAUGUCGGCAAGAGACCCCCCUUCCCUAGGCAGAAUUAAAUGAACGGGUAUUGAGGGGAUUUUUGUUGGUGUGGUGAGCCAGGGGGCCCAGAGAUGCCUGUACCCCCUUGGGAAACCAGGUUUCCAAGGGGCGGGACUGCCCCUUGGCUCUUCCUCGGGAACUUAGGGCCUUUCUCACAGCUGCUAAACCUGCUGGUCAGGGCUCAGCUUGGCUUGGCUUGGCCGUCCAGAAGCUCAGGAGACCAGAGGCUGGUGGCAGCUUUUCUUAGCUACCUCUGUUAUCUUUUGCUUUACACUUAAAAGCCACUUGUGUGACAUUAAAACUACUUUGGAAAGUA